AUGGUUUUAGAACAGAAUCCAGUAGGAAAAAGGCCUUUGGGAAGACCAAAAUUGAGAUGGGAAGAUUUAGUUAAGAGAGAUAUAGAAGUCUUAGGAGGCGGAGCAAACUGGAAGGAUUUGGCGAUGAAUAGAGAUGCCUGGAGAAUUGGUUAUGAGACGGGAUGGUCCUAG